CAGAAAAUCCGCCACUCUUAAACUCGCAAGCUGCCAAAUUGACAAAUUUCUCUCUUUUUCCCUAAAAUCUUCUUCUCUUUCUUCUGAUAUUUUUCUCUCUGAGGAAUUUUCUCCAGCCUCCGAUCUUUCUCUCUCUCUCUCUCUGAAUUCUCGGCCGCUGUCGGAGCUUGGGUUCCCGGCGGAUAUGGCGGCGGCGGCAGCGGUCUCGGGUAUCUCAUACUCGGCGACGGCGAUUUCACGGCCUUUGAUUACCCUACGAGGCUCUAAAUCCGCCGUUUUAUUCAGCCCCUCACGUCGUUUGCUUCAUCAUCGCCCUCUACUUUCUCGCCGAGUGCGUUCCAGAAACAUUGGUCUUGUUCGAGCAACGAUUUUGCAAGAUGAUGAGGAAAAAGUGGCGGUGGAGGAAUCGUUCAGAAGUGAUACUUUUCCUGGCGAGAAAAGUAAAGAAGACAGUGGAGGGUUGAAUUCGAGUUCCUCAUCGAACGCUCUAGAGGCAUGGAUCAUCAAGCUUGAGCAGACGGUGAAUGUCUUCCUUACAGACUCGGUGAUAAGGGUACUUGAUUCGUUGUACUAUGAUCGAGAUUAUGCCAGAUUCUUUGUCCUGGAGACCAUCGCCAGAGUACCUUAUUUUGCCUUUAUGUCUGUUCUACACAUGUAUGAGAGCUUUGGUUGGUGGAGAAGGGCAGAUUACUUGAAAAUACAUUUUGCCGAGAGCUGGAACGAGAUGCACCACUUGCUCAUAAUGGAAGAAUUGGGUGGAAAUUCAUGGUGGUUUGACCGCUUUCUCGCCCAGCACAUAGCAGUCUUUUAUUACAUCAUGACAGUCUUGAUGUAUAUCAUAAGCCCAAGAAUGGCAUAUCACCUUUCAGAAUGUGUGGAGAACCAUGCAUACGAGACUUAUGACAAAUUUCUCAAGGCCCAUGGAGAGGAGUUGAAGAACUUGCCAGCACCUGAGAUCGCUGUAAAGUACUACACAGGAGGCGAUUUGUACCUGUUUGAUGAGUUCCAGACUUCCAAAGCUCCCAAUACUCGAAGGCCAAAAAUAGAGAACUUGUACGACGUGUUCUUGAACGUAAGAGACGAUGAAGCGGAGCACUGCAAGACGAUGAGGGCUUGUCAGAACCAAGGCAACCUUAGAUCUCCUCAUUCCAUAUCCGGCUACUGCUCAGAGGACGAGGAGACUGGCUGCGAGGUCGUGGCCCCUCAGGCUCAUUGUGAAGGUAUUGUAGAUUGCCUCAAGAAAUCUAUCACAAGUUCCCCCAAUAAACAAAACUUAGAUUAGUUCACAAUACUAAUCAUUAUAGUAAUUUAAAAAGUGAGAAGAAAAAAACAAAGGGAUUUUACAGAUUUUUAUUUCCACUUUGUGAAGAAGAAUGUUGUAUACGUACAGAUGCAAAUAACGAUAAGUUCAUAUAGAUCAUAGAUGGGGGUUGAGGACUGACUUGGUCUUGGAAGUACGCACAUUGGUAACUGGUUCGCCGACAUUGCCUUUUUUUUUGGCUUUUACAUCUUCA